AUGCCGAAAUGGUGGAUUCGCUCCCGCAAUCUCUUUGCAGUGUUCUGCGAGGAAUCUGACCUAGAGUCGUUGUUACAUCGUGUUGACUGGGUCCGACAGCUUGUUUCUCUCUUCGAUAGUCAAGAGGUUUCAGUCCGCACUGCGGCUUGGCAGGCAUUUGAUAUAUUUGUCAAGUCAGUACCAAAGGAUGAGGAGUUGCAUCCGCCCUCCUUAUCAUUAUUUCUGGUCUCACAAAUGGCAGCAUACGCUAUCGGAAACUUGGUAGAACAGACGGAGGAGUCUGCUACCAAACCUUUCAUGGUGCCAUUCACUAGGCCCCUCAUUUGUGUUGCAACACAAGCCACCACACAUCUUCCUGGUGUGAAGACCGCCAUCUUCAGUGCACUAGCAUCCAUGCUCGAGAGAAUUCCCGGUCAUAUUAAACUGUUCUUCCCUCAGCUUUGGCGCAUGUUUGUGAAGACAGUCAGUGACGCCUCCUCUACCGUCGUACAAACUCGUGCAGCAGACGCUUUGGGUAUCCUCAUGCACAGCCAGCCAAGAGUUGAUCCUGUUGUCAUGGAGCUUAUUGCUGGUGUGAGAGCCAGCGAGGAGACUGCUGCUAGCUUCGUCCUUGCAUUGCGAACAUUGUGA